UCUUCUUCCCCUCUUUUGUAUCUCCGAUCAUCUCUGUUCCUUCAAUUCCUCUCCUGAUACAUAUAUUUUUAUUAAUAAUAAUCUAAUUAUAAUGGCUAAAACAUCCGCUAUCUUCUUCUGCUCUCUCUCUUCAUUUCCUUCUCUCUCUCCUUGGAGAGAACCCAAUUAUUUCCUCCCAAAUUCCUUCAGAUUCUCCAAUCGUCCCUCUCGAAUCCUUCGUUUCUCUUCUAAAGCUUCAGAGUCCGGCGGCUUACACGGUGACGAUUCUUUUGGUUUCUUUCCUUGGUCCCCUGCCGACAACGAUUUAGAAUGGGUUCAAGAGGAGAGAGUCACUUUGUUCACUUCAGAUGGACUAAUUCAAAUUGGAGGCUCAAUGGUUCCACGGCGUUUAACUUCUUCUGACAAGCAGGGGAAGUCAAAACCAUCACAAAGAUUACAAAGGUUUCAAGAGAGUGAUUACAUGGAUCCUAACCAAGGCUUAUGUCUAGGUGCUCUUUUUGACAUAGCAGCAACAAAUGGACUUGACAUGGGCAGACGGCUUUGUAUCAUUGGCUUUUGCCGUUCCAUUGAGAUGCUUAGUGAUGUUGUAGAAGAUAUCGUUUUAGAGCACGGUGGGGAGGUCGUUACGGCGGAGAAAGCCAUCAAGGGUGGUUUGCAUGAAAAGCUUACCAUGACAGUUGCAGUGCCAUAUCUGUGGGGUGUUCCCCCUGCUUCCGAUACGCUUCACCUUGCUGUAAGAAGUGGUGGAGGGAUUGUUGAGAAGGUUUAUUGGCAAUGGGACUUUUUGUAAAAAAAAAAAACAUCAUGAAUUUCUUCUAACCAUUAUUACAUUGUGGACAUCCUUUGUGUAUGCUGUACAUAUAUAACUGUUGUAUUCAAACUCAUCAACC